AUGUGGAGUGGAGAGGCUAUGACGGCCAACAACGAACAACCUGCUUCUCCUGAUUCUCCUUCUGCAUCCUCCUCUCCAGCUCUACGACCCAGCUCGCCCUCAAUCCCCUUACCUAGACUUCGAUCAACUUCAGACGGCUCUGUACAUUCGACUGACAACCUUUGGGCCCCUGAUGCACCUGUCGCGCGCGCUGGGCUACAAGAUUCGGAUUGCGAGAUGGAGGCAGAGCAGUCGGGACAUAGGAGGCGGAGGAGUAGUCUUAUGAACUCAUUGAACUCGGUUGCUGGUAGUAAGGGGAAGUCACAACGGCGACGAGGCAGUCCGAGGAAAGGGGCGGCAGCUACAGGAGCAGAUGACAGUCUGACGGAAGACCCAAAGCUGGAGAGGAGCGAGGAUGAUAGCCUGAGUGGAGGGGAGAUUGAUGAUUUAAGUGAUGAUGGAUUACAAGACGACGAAGAGACGGGGUUGACAGGCAAAGAUAAAGAGAGAAGGAAAGGCAAGCGAAGGCGGAAUACCCUGCUGGAUCAGAGGAUUGCGGGAGAAGCGAAGAUAGUGAUAACAGACGAAGAGAAGAAAGAGGCGGAUCAAAAUGUUGUGAAGAAGAGCUUGAUCAAUGGCUUGUUGAUAGCCAUGUGGUAUGUGUUCUCGUUGUCGAUAUCGAUUUACAACAAAUGGAUGUUCGACCCCAAACAUCUAGACUUCCACUUCCCACUCUUCACAACAUGUUUCCACAUGAUCGUCCAAUUCACGCUCUCCUCCCUAGUCCUAUUCUUCCUUCCCCAAUUCCGACCUCGCUACGACUCCAUCUCCAACCCACACAACACCCAUGUCUCGGACCAGGAUGCCCAACAACACGAAGAAGAUAGCAAGAAGCCGCUCAUGACGAGGAUGUUUUACUUUACUCGUAUAGGACCGUGUGGAAUGGCUACAGGAUUAGAUAUUGGUCUUGGGAACAUGAGUUUGAAGUUCAUCACUUUGACAUUUUACACAAUGUGUAAAUCCUCCUCCCUCGCCUUCGUCCUCCUCUUCGCCUUCCUCUUCCGCCUAGAAGUCCCCUCCUGGCGCCUCGUCGCCAUCAUCUUCACCAUGACCGUCGGCGUAAUAAUGAUGGUAGCCGGCGAAGUCGACUUCUCCAUCCUCGGCUUCAUCCUCGUCAUCUCCGCCGCCUUCUUCUCCGGCUUCCGCUGGGGCCUAACACAGAUCCUCCUCCUCCGCAACCCAGCAACUUCCAACCCAUUCAGCUCCAUCUUCUACCUCGCGCCCAUCAUGUUCGCCUCUUUACUCAUCAUCGCCAUCCCUGUAGAAGGAUUCCCCGCGCUGGCCGAGGGCUUCCGGAUUCUGAUCGAGAAGAAAGGUCCUUUCCUAGGCCCAGCACUCCUUCUCUUCCCUGGCGCUAUAGCCUUCUGCAUGACCGCCUCGGAAUUCGCUCUCCUACAGCGCACAUCCGUCGUGACGCUCUCCAUCGCCGGUAUAUUCAAAGAAGUAGUUACCAUCUCCGCCGCAGGCAUCGUUUUCCACGACCCGUUAACACCAAUCAACAUAUCCGGUCUGUUCGUGACCAUCGGCGCUAUAGCUGCGUAUAAUUGGAUCAAGAUCCGGAAGAUGAGAGAGGAUGCUCAGCAUGAGGCGCAUCUGGCGAGGGUUGCUGCUAGGGGUGGAGAGGGUAGUGAUGGUGAUGGGGAUGAUGAGGGGACGGAGAGUGAGGGUGAGGAUUGGAAUAAGGCUGGUGGGACGUAUGUUACUAGUGAUGGGGAUAUUUUGCCGAGUCCGGGGUUUUAUGGACCCAGGAGGGGAGAGGGGUCGAGUCGAAGAGAGGAAGGGAAAACGAGUGAGAGGAAGAAGCUGGUUGCUGGGAAGGAGAGUAGCGAGUAG